UAGGUCAGGAGUAGAGGGGACGCCAUGUGCUUUUGAGGCAGAAGAUCCGCUAGAAGGAGACGUGUGUGUGAUAAAUUUGUCUGUUUUCUCAGAGAGAGGACCACCGGCUCCAUUUACCGUCGGCAUGUUCUGCACCAGCCGCUGCCUCAGCACCGCGCUGCGAGCCGCAGCCAGCACGCAUCGGCAACAUCUUCAGCGGCAGACACCAGCCUUGUGUGCUCUCAGACUUCUGAAAACCAGUCCAGCCUCGUCUUCAGAUGCCAUCGCCACCCCUCCUCUAGAUGGAGCCCCCAAACAGUAUUCCCCCAAAAUCCAGCAGCUUGUCAGUGACAUAGCCAGCCUCACCUUGUUAGAGGUGUCCGAUCUCAACGAACUCCUCAAGAAAACUCUGAACAUUGAGAGUGUCGGAAUGAUGCCGAUGGGGGCGAUGGCGACAUUAGCUGCUCCUGCAGCUCAGGCUGCAGAGGAGGAGGCGGCACCAGCAAAGAAGGAGAAGACUCACUUUACAGUAAAAUUGACAGAAUUGAAAGCUGCUGAAAAAGUAAAGCUUAUAAAGGAAGUGAAAAACUGCAUCCAGGGCUUGAAUCUGGUGCAGGCUAAGAAACUAGUGGAGGCUCUUCCACAGGAAAUCCGGGCCAACGUAUCCAAAGAAGAGGCAGAGAAAUUAAAAGCAGCCCUGGAGGCAGCAGGUGGCACCGUGGAGUUGGAGUAGAUCUCGUCUGCCCUUAUGCCCACUGUUCGCCAUCAUUUUGCUACUCGUGCACUUCAUUUAUUUCUUUUAUUUCUUUCCUCCCUUUUUUUUUUUUUUUUUUUUUUUUUCCCCCCUUUUUUUUUUUUUUUUUUUUUUGUACGACAAAGACGUGGAUCGUAAGAGAAAUGGAAACAAAUGCCUUCUGACAUUAACGCCGUCCCCUUACAACGUCAGGUCGGGACAGCACAGCUGAGACUGAACUCUCCGGCACGCAGCCUUCGCAGAUGUACCGCCGCACUGUUUGGUGGUUCGCUUGUCUGAUACACGUGUCACAAACAAGCUAAGGAGAUUGGUUGGAUGCAGAGUAACGCCUUUUUCAGACAUGGGAUGAAUAACAUUGCAGUAAUGGCAUUGUGUCAAUCGGUCAUUGAUCACAUUAAUGUUCCUCUGGUUUCUAUCUGACCUUCCUACGACAGACUGAGAGAACCCCCACAGUAGUAGUGUUGGUACUAACUGUAGGCAAGUGUAACCACACUUUUAGACGUCUCUCUCGGUCAUUGUUACAAAGAGCUGCAUGUGCUGCGUGGUGUUGCAGAGAGAGCUGUACCCUGCCCCCCCCCACAUGCAUGCUCUAAAAAGCUCUCUUCUGUAUUAGGAAGAAUGCUUGAAUCAUAUUCCAAAUUAGAAACGAUGUAAACGUUUCUGCUUUUAAUUGCAUUCUCUUGUGAGCUGAGUAACUCGCCAAAGAUGCAUGCACAGUUGGUCUGCUACUGUUGAAACGUACUGCGUCCUACCUCCAGAGGCGUGAUCAGGGUACUGAUGGACACGAAACCAUUACCACACCAAGAUGCUGUCAGAUCAAUGGGAAGGAGCGCAUGUCUGAAAGAGGCUGAAGUCAGUUUGUAAUUCUUUGUGUUUAAUCUUCUCACAAGGUUAAAUCUUGUGGUUUCCAGGUUGAUACAGAUGACUGAUGUUGAGGAGCACCAGAUACUGUGUGUAGUUCAGAGAAUGGCAGGGCUGAGUCCAGAUAAAUCUCAUUGAAAUGUUAAUAAUGUGAUUAAAGUUGAAAUAAUUAUUUUGCUCUUAUGUGUUAUUGGUCGUGUGGCUGAAUUUAUGGAAAACUUGAGAGUGUAAUCAAGAUUUCAUGUGUGCUGUGUUGACUGAACAUUUAUAGUGGAACAGUGAAUUUCACUAGAUUAUGCUUUACUGUGGUUGUCCACCAGAGGUCGUCAUAAUGCUGGAUAACAGCACUUACAUGUCAUUUUGUUUCUGAGUAAACCUUAGUGUUGAAAUGAACAGAAAUGAGUAGGUUUUCCUAAAAGAGAGGAAAAAAGCUUCAGUAUCUGUGAUGAUGUAUGAUUUGGAGAGAAAGUAAUUAUGUCAUUUACACUAACUGGACACUUCAUUAGGUAUACCUUCCUCUGAACCCCUUUUGCCUUCGGAACAAAUAACGGUUUUCAUGAAUCUGUGCAAACUCUACUUUUAGUUUCCUGCUCUUAGCUAGCAUAAGUGGCAACCAGCGUGGUCUUGUGCUGCUGUAACCCAUGUGCAUCAAGGUCUGAUUUGUUCACAGAUGCUCUUCUGCAUACCUUGGUUGUAACAAGUUAUUGUUGCUGUCCUAUCAGAUGAAAGGAGACACUCAUUCCCUUCUGACAUCUCACACUGAGAUGUCAGAAGAGACCUUAGAGAUGGUCGUGUGAGAAAACCCCAGCAGAUCAGCAGUUAAGUACUCGGUCCAGCCCAGCUGUCAUUACGAGCUAUGUCACUUUCAAAGUCCUUUAAAUCUGCUUUUCAUUCUGCCCAUUUUAUGUCUACAUGCCUAAAAGCAUUUAGUUGCUGUAGGAAGACAAUCUUAUUUUGUCUGCAACUACUUGGAAAAACAGAUUUUUUUUAAAAAGAAAAAAAAGUCAGCAUGUAAAGAAGAAAAAUUAUACAGUUAUUUUAAAACUAGUGUUGGAUUGCUUUUCCUCUUGGAGAAUCUGUCUCUUCAAUGGGGUUCACAUAAGGAACAUAAACUGCUAACCCUGCACAAAAUCACCUGCAGACUG